AAUAUAUAAGUUGAAUUUUAACACGUUCUUCAGAGCUUCAGACGGUUUGUUCUCUCUUCCUUUUACGAACUCACACGUGCAGAGAUGGCUCGACUAGAUGUCACCGAAACUUUUCAAAACAUCCUGUUUCCAGGACACAUGCACACACAAGACUCCCUGAAUUAUGCCACCAAUUUCAAGUUUCAGGACACAGAUACUGUAAUCGUCUCCUACCCAAAAUCAGGAACCACGUGGAUGCAGGAAAUCAUCACUUUAGUCCUGAGUAAAGGUGACCCAACUAUAGCCCAAACGCAGCCUAACUGGGCCCGUGCACCGUGGCUUGAGCAGUACUACUGCCCAAAAGUUCUGGAAGCCUCUAAGGGGCCUCGAGUUAUUACUACACACCUGCCUUACCAUCUAUUGGCACCAGCUCUGCAAGAUUCGAAAGCAAAGGUUAUCUAUGUGUCUCGAAAUCCCAAAGAUGUGGUUGUGUCCUAUUAUCACUUUCACAAGAUGGCCAACUUUCUCCCUGACCCAGGCUCAUUCUCGGAGUUUCUCAGUGCGUUCCUGAAGGGUACAGUGCAUUAUGGGUCUUGGUUUGAUCACGUCAAGGGUUGGGCCAGCCAUGUGAACUUCCUUUACAUCACAUACGAGGAAAUGUGGCAGGAUCUCCAUGGUUCUCUUGAGAAAGUGAGCCGUUACCUGAUGUGUUCUUUAACCGAGGAUGAGCUGACCUCUGCUCAGAAGUACUGCAGUUUCAACAGCAUGAAGGAGAAUGCCAUGGUGAACUACACCCUCAUCCCUCAAGAGAUCAUGGACCACAGCAAGGGCAAAUUCAUGAGGAAAGGUAAAAUCGGUGAUUGGAAAAACAUAUUCGCUGAAGAGCAGAGCGACCACUUUGAUGCCGUGUACUCCUCUCAGAUGGCAGAUGCAUCGUUGCAGUUUAAAUGGGAAUGCCAUGAACAUGUUCUACAGCCCAGGAUAACCGUUAAUACUCCUGCAUCCCAUUCACUCAGAGAUAUUUAGAAAUGUUCAUAAUACUCAACUUUGAAAUGCUCAGUGAGCAGGCUAAUUUAUUUAAUGCAUUUUUUUCAAAUAUAUAUAUAUUUUUACAUUUUAUUAUUUCUGUUUUAUUCUUGUUCUAUUUUUUUAUAUAUAUAUUUUUUUAAAUUGUCCAAUGCAUGUGUGAUAUGAGUGUUUAAGUAAUUAUAAGGGGCGUUUUAGGUUUAACCUUUAAGGUCUAAAAAGAAAAGUGAUACAACAACACUGAAAAAGCUCACCUUUAAUUUUCUAUAUUUUCCAAAUUUAUGUAUACAUCAUUAACCUUUUUCGUAUACGUUUAUAAGAAGUACUGCUUGAAGAUUGUUCUGGAGGUCAAAUGUUUUUUGCAAAUGCCUGAUCUGAUGGAUAGGACAAUUAAACUAUUCCUGUAUUGACCUGUUAUAGGUAUAACUUUCCAAUUCUUUACAAAUGUCAAUGCAAUAUUUGUGUCACAUGGCUAAUUUAAAGGUGAAGUGUGUUAUUUCUGCACUAAAGGCAUCUAAUGGAUUCCAUUGCAAUGCAUGAAAACCCUCCUCCGCCUCCCAUUGGUUGUGCAAACAGAUAGUCCUGCCCCAAAUGCCAUUAACUGAGCCAGUGUUGCUAUGUCAGGCAAACAGAGCAAUGUUUUGUUAGUGCCACAGUGCCAGUGUUUCAAUUUGUUGAAGGAAUCGACCUACAGUAAAAACAGAUAGUUAGCUCUGAACACACUUCACCUUUAAGGUGCACAGCCGCAAAAGCAUGAUGCUGUCCUUUAUCACUUGAGAACCAUCUCUGAUGUGCAGUACUUUUAUGAAUCAAGUCAAAGUCAAAAAACACAUUAAACCUACUUAACAACCUC